UUGCCAGUGCUUGCUUUACUGGGCGUUGUAGCUUCUGCUCUGAUGAAUCGGUCGCCGUGUCCAGCGCAACACUAAGACGCCUACCAGCAUGAAGCUCUCAACUCUCUCUGCCGUCUUUGCGGCCUGUGGCCUCGUCGGCACCUCUUCCGCCAUCAAUAUCCUUAUGGGAAAUGAUGAUGGUUUCGGAAGUGCUCAACUUCGAGAGUUCUGCCGUCUUCUGAAAGCAUCGGGACACCAAGUUUUGAUUGUUGCGCCAGCAGAUGACGAAAGCGGUCAAGGUGGUCGAUCAUCAUUCACGAGUUCGAACAAACUUGAGAGGCCUUCCGAGUACGACCUCAUUCCGGCUGGUGCUCCCUCGCUCGGUCGUGAUCCGAAGGAUCCAGAUAUUUGGUAUUACAAUGGCACCCCGGCGGCAUGCACAUUUGUUGCCCUGGACUUUGUCCUCCCGAAUUACUACGGCAAUAGAAGCAUCGAUCUCUAUGUUGGCGGACCAAAUUACGGCACCAAUCUGGGACCAUUCCUCUAUACCUUGUCUGGGACGAUGGGUGGAACAUAUGGUGCUGUUGGACGAAAUCUUCCUGCCAUCUCUUACUCCGGAGGCAACAGUGAACAACGUGCCUACACCUGGAUCAACGAGACGACUAAGUCUGGCCAACCUGAUCCGGCUACUAUCCAUGCUCAACUGGCUGUCAGUGUCGUGAAUGCACUGGUCAACGGUACCGCGCCCGGGAAGCGGCUGAUGCCACUCGGUUAUGGACUGAAUGUGAAUUUCCCGUUCAUCACAUCGCUUACGAAUGAUUCUUGUGUGGCGCCGCCUCUCAUCCAGACUCGACUUAAUGGUGGUGCCUUCACUGACAAAGCCGUCUACAACGCCACGACAGGCUUGUUUAAGUAUGGCAAUAAGGUGACGGCUGCGCUCAAUCGGUGCAUCAACGGCAAUUGUGCCUUGCCCGGAGAGACCCCUGUGGUGAAUGGAGGCUGCUAUGGCUCCGUGUCUGUCUUUAGCAUCGACUACGAUGCUCCUGUUGGGCAUGACCAAGCUGCUCUUCGUGCCGCUAUGACUUCAGUCGUGGCUUUUGAGAACCCCGACUCAAAGAUGAGAGUCAGAGUUAGAAACGAACUGACUGAUGAACAACUGGAAGCUCUAUACCCGGUUCGACAUGAGUAGUCAAUGACCGACAUAGGCAAACAGCGAUAUAUGUUCUACCUUGGGGGUUCCCACGGAGUACCUCGACGAGAUUCAACACCGCAUUCGUCGCUACGCGAGUCAUGCGUCACGAAAAUAGUAAUGCAGAAUGUUUUCCUUACAACAUGUGAAUAACAUAUAAAAGUACA